AUGAGCGUCCCGAAGCCCGCGCGCAGCCAGCCAUGGGUUGAGUCGCCGUACGCGGUGUCGCUGUUGGCAGGUGGCCUCGCCGGCACCACAGUCGACAUGACGCUCUUCCCCCUCGACACUUUGAAAACGCGGCUACAAUCCUCAUCCGGCUUCGUCGCCUCGGGGGGCUUCAGCGGGAUGUACAAAGGCGUCGGCUCCGCAUUCUGGGGCUCAGCACCAGGCGCAGCGCUCUUCUUCAUAACGUACGACGGCAUCAAGCGGGCCCUCUCCGCGCGCACAGCCACAGGGACCGAGACCGCAGGCGCAGCCGCGCACAUGCUGGCCGCGAGCGUGGCCGAGGUGGCCGCCUGCGCGGUGCGGGUGCCGACCGAAGUCGUCAAGCAGCGCGCGCAGGCGGGCCAGCACCCGUCGUCGCUGGCGGCGCUGACGCACAUUCUGCGCCAGCGAUCCGCGCGCGGGCUGCCGCACGUGUGGCGCGAGCUGUACCGCGGGUGGAGCAUCACGAUUGCGCGCGAGAUACCCUUCACGGUGAUCCAGUUCCCGCUGUGGGAGGCGCUGAAGGCGCGGCGGCGGGCGCAGACGGGGCGGACGCACGUCAGCGGCUGGGAGGGUGGGGUGCUGGGCAGCGCGGCGGGGGCUGUGGCUGCUGCGUUUACGACGCCGCUCGAUGUGCUGAAGACGCGGAUGAUGCUGGCCCGCGAGAAGCAGCCCAUGUUCAGCAUGCUGAGCCAGAUACUGAGGGAGAGCGGGCCGCGCGCCUUCUUCGCGGGAAUAGGGCCCAGGGUUGGCUGGAUCAGCGUAGGCGGUGCGAUAUUCCUGGGGAGCUACCAGUGGGCGAGCAAUCUGCUGGGAGGGGAGGGGGAGGCGUAG